AUGGAUCUCCCUACAGACCCGCCGGACUUCAUCAACAAUUUUGUCAACGAGCUUAAGAGCUACGCACCCGUCGUGCUGCCCACUCUCAUUAUUUAUGCUUUUGAAAGUGGCGCGUUUUUGAAGCUUUGGCAUGCUGUGAAGCAGCUCCCUCACCAUGAGAAAGAGGUCCCCUCGGAUGACUGCGAGCUGAGCAUCAGCGCUGAGCACCAGGCUGAAAUCGUUGCCACACGCGCUGCGGUCAAGAAAGAGGCUCGACGCAUGCGGAUCGGUCAUGUCUGCAUCCUUCUGGUUCUGCUCGCAAUUACAGCAUUUGAGCAGUUUGUUGCUCUCAAGGGAAUGCUGAACCGUUCUCGGGAUGGAGAUGACAAUGAUACCUAUGCUCCUGAAGUCGGAGAUGAUUCUGAAUCGGAUCCAGGAUAUAUUUGGUAUUACAACUCAACCUUUGGCCAGAUUGAUUGGACGAUGUCCUAUUAUGCAGUAACACUAUUCCUUCCCGGGAUCUUGCUGCUUGCUAGGAUGUUGUAUCUGCUACCGGGGCUGAAAGACAGGGCUGUUCUACGGGACACCAGAGGCGUACCAUUCUGGGUUCCUGUCAGAUGUGAUAGGCAGCGAAUUCGUCGUCCACGCUGGCUAACAGCCACAGUUGUCCUGUCGUCGAUACUGCUAUCCAUUGGUGCUCUCUGGGUUCAUGAUUCCAUUUGCUCCGCGAUUCUCUUUGCGUCGUUCAUCCAUUUCAUGGUUUCCAACGCUCUCUGUAACAAGAAGGUAGCUUACAGGGACAUUUUAAUUAGUAGCUUCAUUAUGAUUCUUCUGACUUGUUUACUUGUCUUCAACAACCGUUCAUUCGAAGACCAAUGGCCGAUCCGCCUUCUACGCUUCACAUCACAUGUUGGCGGCACGAAUUGGUCUGGACUGAUUAUUUCGAUGUUUGUGACUACUGGACACUUCCAUCUCAUUGCGUUCUGUUAUCGCGUGGAUCAUGCAUUUGCGCGCCCGGAUGAAGUACUUGUAGGGCCUCCAGAUAUCCAAGUCGCAGUCCAUAACGCGGCAGCAGUACCGGGAACACGUCUUUCCUAUCCCUAUUCACGCUUCGCAACGUCCUCGCAGCCAUACCCACGCUUCAAGAAGCCUUAUUUCCACACUGCAAUGUGGGGCUGGCUCAUUUCGUAUGCCAUCGUGGCUGCACUCAAGGUUACGGGCUACAUUGACUGCGAGGCAGAGUCUGCAGGUUUGUUUGUGCUGUACAUUGCACCGCCGCUCAUGAGUGCCUUGGUUCUUCUGCGUGCUCUGGCACGUGGUGAGGUGAAGAAACUGUGGCAGUACAGGGAAGAUUGGGCGCGUAAUCCUGCCGAUGUGCAAGACGCGGUGCUUGAGGGGAGCCGUACUCUUGAGGCGAAGCCGGCCGUGGCCGAGGAGAAUGAGAAGACUUUGAUUGAGGCGUGAAAGCUUAUGACGGCGUAGUUCAUUAGUUCAUUUUGUCCUGACCCCCGCCCCUCCCUAAACUUUGACUGGACUCUGUUUGAUUGUUGUAUGGAGAGAAACUGUAGUAUACCUUCGCCUUACCGUUUCUACUCGAAUAAUAU